CAAUUAAUUAAUGCUAGUAAAGAAUUGCCUUUUGAAAUCAAGGAUGAAAUUAAUAUUAAUGAAGAUACUAAAUAUCGCUAUCGUUAUUUAGAUUUACGUCGUCCCAAUAGUAAAAAACUUCUGGUGGUUAAAAACCAAUUUUGCCAUGAAUUACGAAAUUUUCUCCAUAAACAGGGAUUUAUUGAUAUUGAAACUCCUAUUUUAGCCCAAAGUUCCCCCGAAGGUGCUAACUGUUUUAUCGUUCCUGCUAACUUGCCAAACCGUUAUUAUACCUUGCCCCAGUCCGCCCAAAUAUUUAAGCAGUUGCUAAUGGUCAGUGGAUUUGCUAAAUACUACCAAAUAGCCAAAAGUUUCCGGAACGAGGAUGCUCGUAGUAAUCGCCAAAUCGAAUUUUCACAAUUGGAACUAGAAAUGAGUUUUAUCACUUCGCAACAAAUUAAAUUAUUUAUUGAAAAAUUGUUGAAAACUGUGAUAAAAAAAGGAUUUAUUGAUAUUGAAACUCCUAUUUUAGCCCAAAGUUCCCCCGAAGGUGCUAACUGUUUUAUCGUUCCUGCUAACUUGCCAAACCGUUAUUAUACCUUGCCCCAGUCCGCCCAAAUAUUUAAGCAGUUGCUAAUGGUCAGUGGAUUUGCUAAAUGCUACCAUAUAGCCAAAAGUUUCCGGAACGAGGAUGCUCGUAGUAAUCGCCAAAUCGAAUUUUCACAAUUGGAACUAGAAAUGAGUUUUAUCACUUCGCAACAAAUUAAAUUAUUUAUUGAAAAAUUGUUGAAAACUGUGAUAAAAAAAGUUUUUGGUUAUCACCUAAAAACACCUUUUCCUACUCUAACUUACCACGAAGUAAUAAAAAAGUAUAAAACUGAUAAACCAGAUUUGCGUGACUCGGCUAAUAAGGAAAAAGAAUUAAAUUUUUGUUGA